UUUCAGACACUGGAAUAUAGAGUUUAAUGAUGAGCAAUACAACAGUGGUCAAUGUGCCAUGACUGUGUUUGAUGAUGAAGGCAGAUGGAAGAAUGAGAAAUGUGCUGACAGAAAACCCUUCAUCUGUUAUGAUGAAAAUCUGAUCCUGAUCAAAGAAAAUAAAACCUGGGAGGAAGCCUUGUACUACUGCAGAGAUCACCACCAUGACCUGGUCACCAUCACCAACCUGGAUGAGCAGAGAUGGGUCCAGGAGAAAGCCAAGAAGGCCUCCACUGAUUACGUCUGGAUAGGACUGCGCUACACCUGUACUCUGGAUUUCUGGUUCUGGGUCAGUGAUGAAGUGGUCAGCUAUGAGAACUGGGCUGCAGAUGGACUGAUGGAUGACUGUGACAUGUCUGGAGCCAUGAAGACAGGAGGACAACAUAAGUGGUUCAAAAUGAAUGAUCAAAUGGAGUUCAAUUUUGUCUGCUCUAUGUCCUAAAAAUCAUUCUGCUCUGUGUAAAUAACAUGUAGACUAUUAUUGCUUAUUAUAGAUUAUAAUAAUCUGCUCUGAAUACAUUUAAACAACAGCGGUCUCAUUUAUAAAGCUUGUGUACGCACAAAA